AUGUCAUUUUGUGCCACAGCACCACCCUUGCACAGCCAGAGUUCUGGCUGCCUAAGGGUGGUGCUGACAGCACGAAGUGCUAACAAAGGGGGAUCUUACGUCUUUAGAUUUGGGCAAUAUUGUGUAAAUCCGUGUCUAGUUCAUGAAGAAAGCGAUGCCGAGGCUUUGAUGGCAACACUGAGCGACGCGGCCAUUGAGGGAAACGCACGUGGCAAAUUCAUUCAUAAAACCACUCGCGACGCUGGGAACAAUGGAGGUAGUGUAUCGGGAAAUGGUGCACCUGCCUGCUGGAUGUCCCGUCACCUUUCAGUGGUCGUAGUUAUUCGUAGGGACGCCCAGGCGGCCCUGGCGGAGGCCAGACGCGCCUUGCAGAGCCUGCAGAAGCAGCACAGCGACGAGGAGGCUCGGGGCCGCGCUCUGCAGCAUGAGCUGUUGCAGCAGCACUGUUCGUCAGAGCGGCACCGCCAGAUGAUCGCCAGCGCCAGCGUGCGCCUGGCGGAGGAGGAGGCGGCCAAGGCGAUCGGGGGAGACGCCGACUCCACGACGGCCAGCUUGGACAGCGUGGCCAGAAUGCGCAUGGCCUCCUACGAGAUGGUCCAGCAAGAGUGUCUGGCCAAGGACAGGCUUCACCAGCAGGUGAUGCAGGCGCGCGCCCGGGUCACGUCCCUCAGGUCCCGCCUGGAAGCCUUCAGGCACUCGCCAGGCAGUGUGGAGCCGCUGAAGUCGCAGAUAAGGCGCCUGAAGGAGGCCGUGCUGUCACUCCGCCAGCAGGUGAGCACUCCGGACGACUCCCUGCAGUCCUUGAGGGAGCAGACGAAGGCGGCGCAGCAGGAUGUGAGGUCGUACCGGCGCCGCAACGAAGACCACAUCGCCGAGCUGAGGACCGCGCUGGAAUGCGCUCACGCCCACAACUCGCGCCUCAACCUCCAACUCAGCAGGCUGGAGAGGGAGGUGUGCAGGAUGAGGGACAGGCUGUAAGGCGGAGGAGCAGGAUAAACGAUAAACAGAGGUACAGGAAAGCUCACGGUAUGGCGAAGGAAAGCGAAAAGGCCUUCGCGAUUUCCGUGUGUUUGGCCCUCUCCCGUCCCUUCCGCCGAAGACGAGGGUAAGCGAGGAGGAUGUGAUGAACUGGAGGAUCAAGGAAAGAAGGAAAACGAAAAUGGGUAAAGAUGCUAG